AGUGAUACAGAAACAUGGCGGUGUCCAUGGAGCAGCGCCGGGCUGUGAGCGCUCUUGUGUUGAUAUUAAGUUUUCUGACAACGUUAUUGUUUCACCAGAGUGUCGCCGACACCGCCGCGGCUUCCUCGACACCAGAAGAGCCUCCUCACCGGCGGUUUGAGUACAAAUACAGCUUUAAAGGACCGCACCUGGCUCAAACCGACGGCGGUAUCCCCUUCUGGGUCCACUCUGGAAAUGCUAUUCCCAGUGCAGACCAGGUGCGAAUCACGCCGUCCCUCAGGAGUCAGAGGGGCAGUGUGUGGACGAAAAACAAAGUCAGCUUUGAACACUGGGAGGCUGAGGUGACCUUCAGAGUCUCGGGGAGAGGCAGGAUGGGGGCGGAUGGUUUGGCAGUGUGGUUCACUACUGGGCAAGGCCUUGAUGGUCCUGUGUACGGUGCGGCUGACAACUGGAAUGGGAUUGGAAUCUUUUUCGACUCUUUUGACAAUGAUGGAAAGAAAAAUAACCCUGCUAUCAUUGUUGUGGGAAACAACGGCAAACUUGUUUAUGACCACCAGAAUGACGGAUCUACACAAGCUCUUGGGACGUGUUUACGAGACUUCCGCAACAAACCCUAUCCCAUCAGAGCCAAAAUAACGUACUACAAGAAGACCCUGACGGUGAUGAUCAAUAAUGGUUUCACUCCAAAUAAAGACGACUAUGAAUUCUGCACUAAAGUGGACAAUAUGAUCAUUCCAAAGGAGGGCUUCUUCGGUCUAUCAGCUGCCACUGGUGGUCUUGCAGAUGACCAUGACGUUUUGUCCUUCUUGUUAUUCAGACUCUCAGAACCCGGCCAGCAACCGCCCCCACCUGAAUCUGAGAUUCCUAAAGAAGAGAAGGACAAGUACCAGGAGGAAUUUCAGAACUUCCAGCAAGAGCUGGACAAAAAGAAAGAGGAGUUUCAGAAAGAGCACCCAGACGUCCAGGGAGAGCCAAUUGAGGACUUGUACGAGAGCGUGAACGACAGAGAGAUCCGUCAGGUGUUUGAAGGCCAGAACCAGAUCCAUCUGGAGAUCAAACAGCUGCAUCGACAACUCGCUAUGAUCCUUGACGAGCAGCGCCGAUACGUUUCUGUCAUUACUGAUGAGGUUGCCAAGAGAGUGACGAACGCUGAGACAGGACAGCUCGAUGCUGCCAGUCAACAACAGUUAAGCUCCGUCGUCAUGUCCCAGCAGGAGAUUCUCAAAAACCUGAAUGAUUUGAGAAACUCCUUCUAUGAAUCCCUGAAACAGAUCGGUUCAGCUCAACAGCAGGGUAAUGCGGUCGGUUUGGGAUCAUACGAGACCAUCCAGCACUUCAACGACAUUAAGGAACAUCUGCAUGUUGUGAAGAGGGAUGUGGAGCACCUAGUCCAGCGUAACUCUCAGAAUCCUUCUGAGAAGGCCGUAAAGUGUCCUGAGCUUCCUCCAAUGCCUGCCUGUUUAUCCACUGUUCACUUUGCAGUCUUCAUUGUGGUCCAGUCAGUCCUCUUCUUCUGCUACAUCAUGUACAAGAGUCAACAGGAAGCAGCUGCAAAGAAGUUCUUUUGAUGAGAUGAUUUUCUGAUUUGAUGUGUGUAAAUGAGGGAAUGUUCAUUUUGAUAAUUAUUUUUGAAUCGAUCCUGUCAGAUUGUAAGUUAUUGUACUUGAAAAACUUGCUUUUGUUGAAGAAAUUUGUUUAAUUUUGUGCAGAGUUUUAAUUUGGUCUGAAAAUUGUUGUGUGUGAAUGCUGGUCUGAGACUUUUUUGCUCUGGAUUUCCAACAUGAUGUAAAAUGUUCCUUGCAGUAUUUUCCGUUGGUCAGAUCUUUAGAUUUUGUAUUCCAAAUUUGAAAUCGGCCACAGUCUCAUUUCAUGAAAUCAAACUGACUAAAAAAGAAACCUGUGUUUUGAAAUGUGCAAUUUUGUAUAAACUGAAGCUGAACUAUUGAUGAAACGUCAGAGCAGACGGCUGUUGCAGUUUGUCUGUUUGGAUGGAGUCAAAACAUGUCAGAAUCUGACGUAUCCACAGCCUGAACAAUUUACAUAAAGAGAGAAAACAAGUCA